AAGGAGCGAGGGGGGCAAGUGGGGGACCAGCACCAGCACCAUGAGACGGCGAGCUGGCCUAGGGGGCAACAUGAGGUCAGUCGUGGGCUUCUUGUCCCAGAGGGGCUUGCAGGGAGACCCUCUGCUCACCCAGGACUUUCAGCGGAGGCGCCUGCGAGGCUGUAGAAACCUCUACAAGAAGGAUCUGCUGGGCCACUUCGGUUGUGUCAAUGCCAUUGAAUUCUCCAACAAUGGAGGCCAAUGGCUGGUCUCAGGUGGAGAUGACCGUCGAGUUCUGCUCUGGCAUAUGGAACAAGCAAUCCACUCCAGGGUCAAGCCUGUUCAACUGAAAGGAGAACAUCACUCUAAUAUCUUCUGCCUGGCUUUUAAUAGUGGUAACACCAGAAUCUUUUCUGGAGGUAAUGAUGAACAGGUUUUGCUUCAUGAUGUCCAAAGUGGUGAAACUCUGGAUGUGUUUGCCCAUGAAGAUGCAGUCUAUGGACUGUCCGUGAGCCCAGUUGAUGAUAAUGUUUUUGCAAGCUCAUCUGAUGAUGGUCGAGUUCUCAUUUGGGAUAUCAGAGAGUCUUCUCAGGGAGAGCCCUUUUGCUUGGCAAAUUAUCCUUCUGCCUUUCAUAGUGUGAUGUUCAAUCCAGUGGAGCCUAGAUUACUGGCCACUGCCAACUCAAAAGAAGGUGUUGGGCUUUGGGAUAUUCGAAAACCUCAAAGUUCCUUGCUCCGGUAUGGUGGGAAUCUGUCACUUCAGAGUGCCAUGAGUGUGAGAUUUAACAGCAACGGAACGCAGCUGCUUGCUCUCAGGCGUCGGUUGCCACCAGUCCUCUAUGACAUCCAUUCCCGUCUGCCUGUCUUCCAGUUUGACAACCAGGGUUAUUUUAACUCUUGUACCAUGAAAAGCUGCUGUUUUGCAGGAGAUCGUGAUCAGUACAUUCUCUCGGGGUCUGAUGACUUCAAUUUAUACAUGUGGAGAAUUCCUCCAGAUCCUGAAGCUGGUGGAAUUGGCAGAGUGGUUAAUGGGGCCUUUAUGGUGCUGAAAGGUCACCGUUCAAUUGUAAACCAAGUUCGAUUUAAUCCUCACACGUAUAUGAUCUGCUCUUCUGGUGUGGAAAAAAUUAUAAAGAUUUGGAGCCCUUAUCGACAACCUGGUGGUACGGGAGAUCUUGAUGGUAAAAUUGAAGAUGAUUCACGUUGUCUCUAUACACAUGAGGAGUACAUUAAUCUUGUAUUGAACAGUGGCAGUGGCCUGUCUCAUGAUUAUGCCAAUCAGUCAGUCCAAGAGGACCCACGAAUGAUGGCCUUCUUUGACUCCUUGGUUCGCCGAGAAAUUGAGGGGUGGAGUUCUGACUCUGACAGUGACCUCAGUGAAAGUACUAUCCUGCAGCUCCAUGCUGGAGUAAGUGAACGCUCUGGCUAUAGUGAAUCUGAGUCCUCUACUUCUCUGCAUCACUCCCCACCUCAUAUGAUAGAAGAAUCUGAUGAACCUGCCUAUAACUUGGGAACUUUGAGAUCCACUGAAUCUCCAUCACCCAGAGAAGCUGCAGCUUCUCGUCAGCAACGGUUAUCUGCACUUAGGAGAUAUCAAGACAAACGCCUCCUAGCCCUUUCCAAUGAAUCUGAUUCUGAUGAAAACACCUGCGAGACCGAGCUGGAUGCUGAUCUUUUCCCAAGACCAAGGUCACCUAGUCCUGAAGAGAAUGAUUCAAGCAGCUCCAGCAGUAGCAGCAGCACAGAAGAUGAUGACGAAUUGAAUGAGAGACGUGCUUUAACCAGGCAGCGCAAUGCUCAGAGACGUAGACAAAGACAAAAGCCACAAAAGGAAGAAAGGACUAGUGCAAAUGCAGGAAACACAAGUACCUAUAUAGGUGAAGACCUUUAUGAUUAUCCCCAAAUCAAAGUGGAUGAUCUCUCUGCUUCUCCAGCUUCAUCACCUGAAAGAAGUGCUGGAAAUACAGAGGUUCGUAAAGAAAAGAUUUUUCCUUGUUCUGAGAGUGAAUCAGUAGAUAGGAAGCUCUAUAAAGCUUUUCGUUGGCUUCACUACAUGUCUUAUGCGGCUAAUAAAGAUGGUGAAUCUUCAUGUGGAGGUGGAGAAAGUGAAGGAAGACCAGGAACUAGUAGAAAAGCUCUUAGCAGUCAAGAUUCUUCUGCUGCUGAAAGCUAUAACAAAGACAUUUUCAAGGAUUGUAACCCAGCAGAAACUUCUAGAAAUGUUCAAGAACAUGAAUGUGAUAAUCAACGACAGGUGGAAAACCAGGAAACUCUAGCCCAGGAUACUGGGAGUAGUGGAUCUAUAGAGCAUUCUUUUGAAGCUAAGAAGCUCAACGGAAAAGCCAUUUGCAAAGAAAGAGUUAGUUGCACUGAGGAGUCAUGCAAUCAACCUUCAGGAUUUGUGGAACAGAAAAAUAGCCAGAAUUGUCAAACAACAUCCAGCCACAACCCACUGGCUGUUUCUAAGGAUUCAUUUUCUACUCCUGCCAAUGGUAACACAUCUGGAAAUUUAUCUAGAAACCAAACAGAAGACAAUGAGGAUAGGAACACUGACAAUUCCUGUACAAACUACAGUAAUGGCCAUAUACACUCUUGUUCUCCUUACCUUAAUAAUGGACAGAAUUUUGGAGAGCAGGAGGUUCUGGGUCAAGGAAGACAAUUACACUUAAAUGUUGAUAAAGGCAGCGGCUUUGUGCAGACGUGCACAUCCUUGCACAAGGAAUGCUGCCUGUCCGCAACAGACUCUUCCAGUCACAGCACGAGCAUGAAAGAGGAGGUUGCUGAAUUGCAUCCCGCAGACAGUGAUGGCUCACAAAACCAUGGACGACAGAAAAGGCACAGAGCAGAGUUUGAAGACACAGAUUCUGAGAGGUCUUCCUCAGAAAAGAAGUUGAAAACACACACAGUCUGGUUCUGAAAUGUUGCAUUUCCAACUCUUCAUUCCAUUCUUCAGUGGGUCUGUUUUAAAUUGACAGGGGCUAUGUUGUAUAAAAAUCUAAUCAACUUCUUUAAAAUAAGACUGAGUAUAGUGUACCCUUACAAGGUUUUGCUCAAGUAAACACUGAUUCAGACAGUUGACUUUUUCUUGUGUGAUGUGUGGUGUUUGUUCAGCCAGCUACUUAAAGUAGCUAUUGUACAUUUUAUUCUAAAAAUAUAAUUCUUAGAGUGUUAAUACUAAGGGGGGGGGGUGUUUCAGUCUGAGUUGAAUGAUAGGCAAAUGACAUCCUACAAAUGAUGCUUUUUGGAGCAUGGUUUCUGUUUAAGAAAACAGACAAAUUUGGAUGCAGCCUUUAAAACCUCUCAUGCUUCUGAAAUCUUAAAGGAGUUUAAUUUGGAAGCAACCUCAUGGUUUAUGUAUGUGAAGUAACAUCAACAGCUGUUAUGAACUUGUAAUCCAUUACUCAUAUAUGAAGUUUUGUUGGAACUAAAGACUGUAAGGUAGCAUCCAUAAUGAUCUUUCUUUUUUUUCUCUCAAACUAACUUUUUCCCAUUAUAUAAUAACAACAGUAACCAUGUUGAAUGGAUUGGGAAGUAGAUUCACUUCCAGUCAAAAUUUGUUGCAGUAUGAUCCAGAAGGAGCCAUUGCAAUUCUUGACUUCCCCAGACUAUGAUCUAAUUACAAAAUAGCUUUUAUCUCUGUGACAUUAACAGCAGAGCCUAGAGAAGGUGGUUAGUCAUUUCAGAGGAGGAGAAAGAUACAUAAUGGUGUACCUAACAGAGUUUAAACUGAUUCUUGAGAUUUGAUUUUUUUUCCCUUCAUUUUUUUUUUUAAAAGACGAACUGGUCUUAUUCAGAACAGUUGCCUAAACUUGAGGCAUCCUUGUUUUACAGUCUUGCACUAUAUUACACAUAGUGCAGAUUGAUGUAUGGUUUCAAAUUAAACAAAUAUUUUUGUCUGUA